AUGGGCAAGCUGAACAUCGCGCACCACAAAUCGUAUCACCCGUACCGCGCAGACAACAUCGCGCGCGUAAAGGCGGACGAGGCGCGCGCGAAAGCUGAAGCUGAACUCGAUAAUGAUCGGAAGUUGGCGGCGGAUGCCGAGGCGCGGAUUGAUGCGCUUAGGCGGAGGGCUGGGAUCGAGUUUACGGGCACUUCUACUGGUACUGGAGACUCGUCGUCUACUUCUAUAUCUGCGCCUGGCGCUGGACCAUUCUCUGCUUCUACAUCUACGACCAAGUCGAUAUCAGGUCCAAAAGCCCCAACAGACCCCACAGGCCACAUAAACCUCUUCGCGGACCUCGAAGCGCACGAAACGUCCCUCUCCGCCCGCGCCUCCCAAAAAAAGCCCGCGCUCACGGACUCCGACCGCGGCGUCGCAUUGGCGCCGUCGAAGGAGGAUCUGUCGCCGUGGUACAGCUCUGCCAGUAAACGUUAUGAAGAUGACGAGGGGAAAGGUGGGGGUGGGAGAGGGAGGAGGGCGGGGUGGAAGGCGCGGGAGGAGAGGAGGAAGGAGGGCGCGGACCCGUUGGCUGGGAUUCCUGCGUACAUCCGACAUCCCUCUUCCGCUUCCUCAUCUCCUACCACAUCAGCACACUCAAGACGCCCCGUAAGACCAUCCUCCUUCGGCGACGACGCCUCCUCCCUCCGCCUCGCACGCGAAUCGUCCGAACGCGCGCGGGCAAGAGCGCUCAUCGCGAAGAGAAAAGCCGAGCGCGAACGCGCGGACGGGAGCAGCGUUGCGAGUGCUACGCCGUCGACUGUGCAUGGGAAUUAUGGGGAUAUGUAUAAUCGCGCGGAGGUGGAGGAGGCGAGGAGGGAGAGGGUGUGGGGGCGGAGGGGACAGGGGGAGGUGG